CGGCCGAGGACCAAGGCUGGCUCGUCGCCCCUCCCACCAGGCGCUGGGUUCCUUCCGAUAUUACUUGCCCAGCUUCUCUUCCAGUACUAGCAGCUCGUUGUCUUCAGCCCCGGACGCUCAGCACACCAGCAAUUUGAUCGACGAGGAAAUCAAGAGAGACGCUGUGAGAAGGCAAGGGGAGAGACUCCGCGAGGUCAAAGUUGUUCUCCUGGGACAGGCAGAAUCUGGCAAGUCGACACUCCAGAAACAACUGCAGCUCUACCACGCAUCUCAUAUCCUGGACGCCGAGCGCCCCGCCUGGCGCAUCGUCGUGUACGCGAAUCUAAUCAAAGCGGUCCGGAUGAUUUUCGAGGAGCUCGACUUCGAAUUCUCAGCGGCCGCGGAAGAAUACCCCCUCCCGUCUGACGGCUCGGGACCGACAGACGUCGCAGCCCAAAAUGAACUGAACGUACUUCGAAGGAAGCUCCUCCCCCUGAUCUCGCUCGAGAGCUCGCUGUCGUCAGAGCUCAGCGAGGAUGUCGCGUUCACACCGAACCGCCACGGGACACUCUUGUUGUCUCCCAAGGGCAGGAGGUCGAGCAGUCGUCCCAUCUCGGCUUUGCGAGACUCGAGCCGAGCUGUGUUGGCGACCAAUAGGGUGGCGCAAGU